AUGGCGGCCGUGGAGACGCAGGUGUGUGAGAUGGAUGGAUGCAGCAGCGAGGCCAAGCUCCAGUGUCCCACCUGCAUCAAGCUGGGCAUCCGGGGCUCGUACUUCUGCUCGCAGGAAUGUUUUAAAGGGAGUUGGGCUACUCACAAGUUACUACAUAAGAAAGCAAACGAUGAAAAGGCCAAGAGAGACGCAUCCUCGUGGACUGUUGAAGGGGACAUUAACACAGACCCAUGGACAGGCUACUGCUAUACUGGCAAACUCAGACCACAUUACCCACUGAUGCCAACGAGGCCAGUGCCAAGUUUUAUUCAGAGACCAGACUAUGCUGAUCACCCCUUAGGAAUGUCUGAAUCUGAACAGGCUCUUCAAGGUACUUCUCAGAUCAAAUUACCCUCCUCUGAAGAUAUAGAAGGGAUGCGACUUGUAUGUUGGCUUGCUAGGGAAGUUAGGGAUAUUGCUGCUGGCAUGAUUAAACCAGGUGUAACUAUUGAAGAAAUCGAUCAUGGUGUACACUUAGCAUGCAUUGCAAGAAAUUGCUAUCCUUCUCCCCUGAAUUAUUAUAAUUUCCCAAAGUCCUGUUGUACCUCAGUGAAUGAAGUCACCUGCCAUGGAAUUCCAGACAGACAACCUUUGCAAGAAGGUGAUAUUGUUAAUGUGGACGUCACUCUUUAUCGCAAUGGUUAUCACGGGGACCUGAACGAGACGUUUUUCAUUGGAGAUGUUGAUGAAGGAGCACGGAAACUAGUUCAGACCACGUACGAGUGCCUGAUGCAAGCCAUUGAUGCCGUGAAGCCUGGUGUUCGAUACAGAGAAUUAGGAAACAUUAUUCAGAAGCACGCCCAAGCAAAUGGAUUUUCCGUUGUUUGGAGCUAUUGUGGGCAUGGAAUCCACAAGCUUUUUCAUACAGCCCCCACUGUGCCCCACCAGGCCAAAAAUAAAGCAGUUGGAGUGAUGAAGUCAGGCCACGUGUUUACAAUUGAGCCAAUGAUUUGUGAAGGUGGAUGGCAGGAUGAAACCUGGCCUGAUGGUUGGACUGCAGUCCCGCGGGAUGGGAAACGGUCUGCUCAAUUUGAGUACACCCUGCUGGUCAUGGACACUGGCUGUGAAAUCCUCACUCAGAGGCUGGGCAGCGUGCAGCCUUACUUCACGUCCCAGUUUUAAUUUCCCACCAUGGCACUUUCUUACUGACCUACACAUUUUAUUGAGAGUAUAGAAAGGAAGAGGCAGGUUUUUUUUUUUCUCUUUUGUUUUUAAAUCACUUGUUUUGACAAUAAUCAGAAAGGACUACAGCCUUUGGUGGGUGUCCUCAUGAGUUUGUCUUGGAUCAGAAAAAGCUGAGAAGAAUCAAGGAAAUGUUGCUCAACUCCUUUCGGUGCCUCACCAAGCCCUCUCCCUCCCAGCCCUGCAACACCAAUUUCUUGUUUGCCCCUUGAGCACUUUGACGUAAGCCUGCUUCUAGUUGCUUUUAUCACUGCCACCAACCGGCCGUCCAGAGCCAGCUGCUUUCCAGGGGAAUGUUGAAGAUGAGAAUCCUUGAAACCAGCAACACAGGAUGCUCCAGAUUUUUUUUAUUAUAUAUGUGUGGAAACAUAUAUGCAUACAUUUUAAACUCCAUAAAUGCAAUUACUGAAC